GAAAAUCUGCCUUCGUCAUGCACACGGGACCGGUUUAACAAGUCUUCGCCAAAAUUUUGAGCUGAUUUGAUCGAAGCAAUGUUGAGAUAUCGAGGUACCCGUUUUCUGAAACUGCCAACUGGCAUUUCAGUGUGUGUAGAACACUUCGGCUGUGCUUCGUUCCAAGCCCAAAUUAAAUUUGAUUAUUUUACCGUGAAAAACUCACCGGCUGUGGUCAAGCCUUACACCAUCCAACGACCGGGAGCGGCAGCUGGGGUCCCAACGUGUUCGUAGAUGGAGGAUCGCAAAUUUUGAGGAGUUUUCGAGCUGUCCCAGGCCAUGUCCGACGAUGAAGGAGAUCAUCGCUACUGUUACGUUUGCGGUAACCGAGAAGUAAAUGCCGAAAGGCUGAUCGAGUGCGUCGUCUGCAAGCGGUUUGUACACUUCAAGUGCAAAAGAAUUUUCGGCUUUUCCAUCAACACUGUGAAGGCGAAGCCUUAUCUGUGUUCGAGUGAGUGUAAAAACAUGCAGUCAGCAGGCGGCAACGAGGAGGUCCUAAAGGAGAUUAGAGCACUUACGGAAUCGGUUCAAGCAUCGAUCAAGGUGACUGCAUACGUACGGGGUGCCCUCGUCCAGAUGCAGGAGCAGAUGAAGGUCAUUGCUGAUACCAACAAGAGCAUCGAGGAGUCGCAGAAUUUCAUAUCGAAGGAAUUUGAAGUUCUGAAGGCAAAUCUGGAAGCCUACAAACAGGAGGUGCACGAACUCAAGCAAGGGAACUCAAAGGUUCAAGAGUGCGUUAGCGAUCUGUACGCAAAGAAUCAUGAACUGUCUACACGAGUGGAUCAACUGGAACUCGAAUUGGAUCGCGUAAACCGGGCACGUCUGACGAAGAAUGUUGUAAUUAUGGGUCUCCCAACCUGCGAAAACGAGAACACGCUGGCAUUGGUGCGUACUAUGUGUGGCGCUUUGGGGUUCGUGUGUGGGGAGAAGGAUGUCCUGCAGGCUCGGCGUCUUGUAUCUAAAAAGGAAGCCAAAGGCCACCCACCAAUUCUGGCCACAUUCAACACGGAAAACGACAAGGAGAAGCUGUUCGAGAAAAAGCGGAACCAUGGAGUACUCUUGGCGUCAGCAGUCGCGAACGUGUUUGCCGGCUCAACCUCCAGAGUAACAAUCCGGGACGAGAUGACAGCAUUUGGUAGGCAGUUGCUGCAAGAAGUCAAGGAAAUGCAGUCUUUUCUGAACCUGAAAUAUGUUUGGCCAGGACGUGAUGGGAAGGUUCUAAUUCGCCGACAAGAAGGAUCCAAAGUGGAGCAAGUAUCCUGCAAAAGUCAACUUCAACUUCUGUCGAAGACAACCAAUAAGCGCGCGGCUGACGGAAGUCCAUUAUCGUCGUCUUUCCAAGAACCCUCGUCGAAGAAAACGAACUGCAACUGAUGGAAACUUUAUUGUAAACUGAUUUGUUAAGAAUUUUCUUUUUUUAAUGUAUUUUACACACAAUAUAUCUUAUGAUUCUUUAACUGAUUUAAAUAAAAAUAUUUGCAAAACUAGUAGUUCUAACUUAAAAAUACUUCAACUCAACGUCAGGAGCGUACGAAAUCCAGAAAAAUUCGACCGAAUUCGAGAGAUUCUGGCUUUGUAUGUGGGAAAAAUCGACGUCCUGGUACUGGGGGAAACAUGGCUCACCGAUGGGAUUACCGGAUGCUGUGCUCUUGAUGGAUUCAAAGGUGUUUUUUCGUGCCGAAACGGCUCACUAGGGGGAGGUCUUGCUGUCUACGUAAGAGAUACUUUGGUCUACGAGGAGUUGCUGAACGAGAAGGACAACGGAUUUCAUCACCUGUACCUGCGUUUGAAGCUCAGUGGGGAGUCGUUCGAUAUCCAUGCCGUCUAUCGACCACCGUCCUAUAGUACAACUGUCUUUCUUCAAAAGUUGGAGUCCUGGCUUGUCGAUGGAAAUGUCCAAAAGGUUUUAGUUGGUGACGUAAAUAUUCCUGCUAACCGGAUAGAGUCAGGAGAAACCCAGACUUACGUUAACUUACUGAAUUGUUAUAACUUUUCAGUAACC